CGCAGGAAACGUGAUGAUUGUUGCUAUUAGAAACCAGAGAAGCUUGAGCAUUCGACUUGACAGCUACUCAUCAGGAAAAACAGUGUACAUUCAUAUUCUUUUCAUGAGGUCUUAGGAAAAAAGUCACAAUGGAGAUUGUAUACGUAUAUACGAAAAAGAGGUCCGAGUUCGGACGACAAUGCAACUUUACAGACAGACCUGCUGAACUGCAUGUGGACAUCCUCCCUGAUGACUCUGCUAUGGAAGAGUUUAUCGAGAGGGAUCCAGUGGAUAUUGGCAUUCAGUGUGUUCAGGAAAUGUCAGAGCAUGAUGCCAACACAGAGAGAUUUGAAACUGGUGCCAGGGGAAUCAACCAUACAGAGGGUGGAUGGCCAAAAGACAUCAAUCCCAAUGAAGUGGAGCAGGUCACACGUUACAGGAAGAAAGUUGAGAAAGAUGAAAUGUACAUUGGCGCUGUCAUGCAGCUGGGCUCUGUCAUGGAACACUGCAUCAAGCAGAACAAUGCUAUUGACAUCUAUGAAGAAUAUUUUGAAGAUGUGGAUGUUGAGUCCAUUGAUGAAGCUGCUUCUGCCAAAACCAUCAAUGUCUUCAGAGAUCCCAAUGAAAUAAAACGCACAGCCACUCAUAUUUCUUGGUUCCCGGAUGGCCCAAGAAAGCUUGCUGUGGCCUAUUGCAACCUUCAAUUCCAAAGUACUUCCCCUGAAACAAGCAUGGACUCUUACAUCUGGGACGUUGAGAACCCGAACAAACCUGAGAUGACUCUGAAACCAGUGUCUCCUCUUGUGUGCCUUGAAUACAACCCUAAAGACUCUCAUGUACUUCUUGGAGGAUGCUACAAUGGACAGAUCGCCUACUGGGACACAAGGAAGGGCUCACAGCCUGUUGAGCUAACCCCCAUUGAACAGUCCCACAGAGAUCCUGCCUACAAAACCGUGUGGAUAGGCUCAAAGACAGGAACAGAAUGCUUUUCCACAUCUACAGACGGACAAGUGCUUUGGUGGGACAUCAGAAAACUAGGAGAGCCAACAGACAAGUUGUACCUGGACAAGAAACAAGAAUUUCACAAUGCACAAGGGGCCUACUGCUUAGAAUUUGAGCAAACAAUGCCGACUAAAUUCAUGGUCGGUACAGAGCAAGGAAGCAUCAUCUCCUGCAACAGGAAAGCAAAGACACCAAAUGACAAAAUUGCAGCCUUUUUCAAUGGACACAUUGGGCCUGUGUACUCACUCCAACGAAACCCCCAUUUCACAAAGAACUUCCUCAGUGUUGGUGACUGGUGUGCCCGGAUCUGGUCUGAGGACAUCAGAGAAUCUUCCAUCAUGUGGACCAAACAAUACUCAUCAUACCUGACAGACGGUUGUUGGAGUCCUAUCCGGCCAGCAGUAUUCUUCAUCACAAAAAUGGAUGGCACUCUGGAUGUUUGGGACAUCAUUUUCAAGCAGAAUAACCCAACCUUGACAUUACAGGUGUGCGAUGUACCGUUGCAUAGCCUAAGAGUGCAGGAACAAGGCAAACUAGUCGCAGCAGGAUCACAUGAUGGCACAACAACGUUACUGGAACUGUCUGAGGGGCUGUACACAAUGGCUCGCAAUGAGAAAAACUUGGUCACAGCAAUGUUUGAGAGGGAGACUCGAAGAGAAAAGAUUUUGGACGCUCGACACAAAGAAAUUCGUCUGAAAGAGAGAGGCAAGACUGAAGGAUCAAAGGUAGAUGACAAAGGAGAUCAAAAGAAAGCAAAACUUGAAAAAGAACAUGGUAAACAAGAUGAAGCUGCCAAGGCCGAAGGGGAGGAUGGAGAGAGGACUAAAGAAGAAGAAGAGCCUUUUGAAGAAGAGAAUCUGUACGAAAAGGCAGAGACAGAGUUUUUUAGCAUCAUUGAAGCAGAGAAGAAAAAACAACCAACUCCAAGUCAAGAUUUUGCUGAAGUCGAAAAAAAUGACAUGGAAAUGGAAAUUCAAAAAGAUGACACAUUAAAAAUAUUCACUGGGAGUCCUGAUGAGACUGAAGGCUCAAAUAUUAAAACAGAUCAAAUGAAUAAGAAAAACAUUGACGGGCAACUAAAGAAUGAGGGUGAGACCGGUGAUGAAGAAAAGAGCAAUGGAGAGCCGGAGACUGAUACGAAAAAGGAUUAGGUCGUCCAUACUGCUUUCCAGGAAGACACAUUUAUGAGGGCACAGGAAAAAGUCAUGGAAAAACAGGUUGCAAGAAUCUUUUUCUUGAGCUGAGACUGUGAACAGAAUGCUUUGUUUUUUGUACUGCUAUUUUGCUUAUCACAUGGCUAAACUAUGCUGUUGAUUUUUGGGUUUACGGUUUACGCUAAACAUACAUGAGAAAUUGACUGGUUUAAGAGGUGUAGAAGGUUUGACUUGCUGGUUUGAAAAAAAGAAUUUAUCUGUACCAACAUUAUGUAUGUGCCUCUUAUGCUUUUAAAAUGGGAAUUGCUGAGCUCUUUUGACACACAUCUGAUUCUGAAACUGAAAUGAUUUUUAAACUGAAAUGAUUUUAAGUUAUAAAAGCAGUAUUUAUUGACUUGUACUGAAUAGUUAUGCUCCGAUUUCAAAGGUACGCUGGUGUACUCAUUUUUCUUAAAUUUUUCUUUCAGAGCCCAUCAUUUAUGGUGAUUUAUUUAGUAUGAAACGUAUAAAAGAUUCAGAGCAACAAAUAAUCUACAGUCACUAGAAAGAAAAGGCCAUAUGUAUGUUCCAAAUGUGAAAAAUCCAUUACUCAUGCUGAGAAGUUGAUAUUUUUAGCUGCUUUCUGAUUUGAAUGUAGAGAAGAAAGCCUGCUUCAAGUUUUCAUGUGUCAAAUUAUGCAUGUUCGUUUAAAAGAUAAGAACUUUAUGUAUUAAGAUUGUGCAUAAUGUCAGCCUAUUUUCAUCUUUCAGUCUGAAAACAUUACUGUUAGCUGUGGGAGAAAUAGCGAAGAAAUAUUGAUCCAUAUAUGAAAAAUAAAAUGUACACGACCCUGAU